AUGUUAUGGAUAUUACCAGGAGCGUUUGUUGGCAAUAUACCGACCCCUGUGGCCAGUAACUUUGAUGGCCAACAGUUGGCUAUAAGAGGUGUAGUGGUCGUCACCAUUGACUUCAGGUCAUUAGUGUUUGGCUAUCUGUGCACCGAUAGGCCGGACGCACCCGGAAAUGUUGGUCAAUGGGAUCAGACGAUGGCAUUGAAUUGGACGCAACAAUAUAUCAGACAAUUUGGUGGAAAUCCUAAUGAUAUUACACUAUUUGGAGAGAGUUCCGGCAGUAUUUGCGUUAGCGCUAAUAUAUUAUCCAAAGUAUCUAAUGUUUAUUUUAAUAAAGCAAUUCUUGAAUCGGGUACAAUAUUUAGCAAUGAAAUUGGUUCAAGAUCAAUAAACACAGUGAUAGCUCAAAGAUUUGCCAAAUUCAUGGGCUGUAAUCCAAACAUGGAUUAUGUGGGAUGUCUUCGUAAUAAGUCUACGGCUGAAUUGAUUGGCGGACAAGUGUUGGCAAACCAGUGGAAUGUUGGCCAAGGAGUGGGAAUUCAACUAUUUAACGAUUUAUUCCCGUUUUCCAUUUGUUAUGGCGACCAAUAUUUUCCCACUAAUCCGUUGGCAUUACUAAAGGCACGCACUUUUCGUCCGGACCUAAAAGUGUUGUCCGGACAUAAUAUUAUUGAAGGAGCGUUUGUCGGACUCUCCAUUAAUUUAGUGGCAUUCGUAGGGGGACUGUAUGUGCCGACAGUGCCCUACGCCCUGACGUCCAAACAAAACGCUUACAAUAAUUUAAUGACAAUAUUUGCGAACAUGUCUUUCGCCGAUAGUGUGGCCAAAAGCUAUACUCAAACAUUUACGGAUUGGUAUAAUAUGCUUGACACAAAUGCUUUGCGGGCGACUGUUGUUCAAGCGCUAUCCGAUUAUAGAUACGUCUGUCCGACGGUAUUGUUUGGGCAAUAUUUGGCACAAUAUUCCCAAUUCUCUGUUAGUGUACACCAAUAUUACCUCCAAUACGCCAACAGUAAAUCGAUGUGUUAUGACAGCACGUGGUGUUAUGGGGCCGAACACACCGAUGAUGUACCGCCGGACGCUCCCGGAAAUGCCGGUCUCUGGGAUCAGGCGAUGGCAAUGAAUUGGACGCAACAAUAUAUCACACAUUUUGGCUUUAAUCCCAAUGAUAUUACAAUAUUUGGUGAGAGCGCCGGUGCUAUAUCUGUUAGCGCUCACAUAUUGUCUAAUGUGUCAAAUGGUUAUUUUAAAAAGUCUAUUAUACAAUCU